GUUGAAGACACCAUCGAAAUGCUACCCAAGUCCCGGCGAGCGCUCACCAUUCAGGAAAUUGCAGCCCUCGCUCGAUCUUCCUUGCACGGUAUUUCCCAGGUGGUGAAGGACCAUGUGACCAAGCCCACCGCUAUGGCGCAAGGCAGGGUGGCCCACCUGAUCGAGUGGAAGGGAUGGUGCAAACCCAUCGAUUCUCCUGCCACCCUGGAAAGCACUUUCAACUCCUAUUCGGAUCUCAGUGAAGGAGAGCAGGAGGCCAGGUUUGCUGCAGGUGUAGCCGAACAGUUUGCCAUCGCCGAGGCCAAACUCAGAGCCUGGUCGUCCGUGGAGGGGGAUGACUCCAACGAUGAGUCUUACGAUGAAGAUUUUCCCACUUCCGCUGAAACCGCCCAAGCAGCUGAUGCAGUGGGCCAGCUCCCCACCAGCACCCUCUUGAAAGGUUUCCUGCACAGCCGCCUGUGCCAUCUGAGUUCCCGACAGGGUUCUUGCGACCCGGAAAGCGAAUCUUCUCAGUCCACCAUCUCCCCAGAGACCUUGUGCUCCAGUCUCUGCAGCCUUGAUGAGAGCUUCCUUCUCAAGGAGUUGGGCUCCCCUUCGGAACUUGCCGCCAAACUGCUGGGCUCCGUGUCUGGCGGGGAGGACAUGCUGCUGUCCAAGCCCACACAGACUCCCGGAGAAUGUGCCUUCCGGAGCCUGGCACAACUGGAGUGCCAGGACUCUAUGUACUCCAUGUCCUUCACCGAGUCCUGCCUCUCGCCCACGGAGGAGGAGGGCCUUCCGUGCAAGGACUACAAAGUCCACGGGGACAGCUGCCAGGUCCGGAGAAAAGUCUCUGAUGUGGCCUCCUCCGGCGUGGUGUCGCUCGACGACAACGAAGAUGACGAGGUCGACGGAGACCCGGAGGAGGACACCAAAGAGCCGUGA